UUUAUCAUCGCGGGCUUUGAAACCAUGUGGGAGAUGGAAUUGCUUCUAUUCUCCAUUUUUUCCAGUAUGUAUAUCCUCACGCUAGGGGCUCAUAUAGUCAUUAUUGCCCUUGUGGCUUUAGAUUGGCACCUUCACAAGCCCAUGUACUUACUCCUGGCCAGCUUUUCUCUCCUGGAAGUCAUAUAUACCACGGUGACUGUUCCUAAGAUGCUUGAUGCUUUGUUGACCAGACACAAAGAAAUAUCUUAUGCCUCAUGCCUUGUUCAGUUUUACCUUCUUUUUGGCUUUGGAGCCUCAGAAAACUGUCUACUGGCUGUCAUGGCUUAUGACCGUUAUGCCGCCAUUUGUCGCCCCCUACAUUAUACCACAUUGAUGUCCGUUAAGACCAGUAUACAUCUUGCAAUAGGUGCUUUGGUAGGAGGGUUGCUGGCUGCCUUCCCUCCAGCUGUCUGGAUUUCCACCUUGGAUUUCUGCUUCCCCAAUCUAAUAGAUCACUUUUUUUGUGAUUAUGCACCUCUCCUAAAGCUCUCCUGUGAGGACACAACUGAUGGGGAGCUUGCUUUUAUUGUCAUGUCUUGGAGUGUUAUUUUGGGAUGUUUCUUCCUCAUCAUGGUCUCAUACACUUUAAUAAUUUUUGCAGUCAUAAGGAUCCCGUCAACCGAAGGGCAGAAGAAAGCAUUUAACACAUGUGCUUCCCAUCUUGCUGUGGUGUCCAUCUUUUACGGCACAGUCAUCUUCAUGUACAUCCGCCCAACUUCUCACAUUCGGUUUUCCAUUGACAAGGUCAUAUCUGUCUUCUACUGUGUAGUGACACCACUCAUGAACCCCAUUAUAUAUUGCCUGAGAAACCAGGAGUUUAAAGGUGCUCUGAACAAAGCACUGCAGAUACUAGAGAACAAAAAACACCCAAGAAUGGGCAAAUGA